AUGCUAAUUAAUUAUGCUAUGAAGUAGAUUGAUUCGAGCGAGAGAGAGAGAGACAGACAUAAAGAAAGACACAAAAACUUGCAGAUUUUAAUUAAAUUUAAUGCAAUUUAAUUGCUAAAUAUUAAAAUUCAUGAGAAUCAAAGAGCUAUUUGA